CUCAUAAAUGCAGUGGCCAUGACAAAAGGUCUUUUACUGAGGAGUUGAAACGAGAGGAGACCAAGGGCAGACCCAGGACGCGCUGUGGAGGUGGGCAGGUGAGAUGGAAGCGUGGGCCUCUGCUCCAAUGGCUGCCCUCGCAUGAGAACAUGCAUCGAUGGACUGAAACGCCAUUUUGGGGGACGAUAACAGACAUUUAGAUAAAUGUAGAUAACGGUGGUUCUCAAAUGAACACAGAACCAUCAACUUAAAUUUAUAAAAAUCUUGUGAUAGUAGAGCGGACCAAGAAUGUCUGAUGAAUCUGUGUAAAAUAUGAAUAUAUUUGGGCUCUGUUAACACACAGUCCAUAUGAGUUUAGUUUGUGGUGUGAAGCGUGUGUCAGGUGCUGUGGAUAUGUUGACUCCAGGUACAGCAGCAGGUGUUGUGCCUGAGCUGGUUGUCUAGGAGGAACAUCUCUUGGGGAAUACAGAGCUGUUAACUGGAUCAGCAGCGGCGGGAUGUCAGUCUGGGCUGGAGAGGAUGGAGGGAACGUGUGCAUCCGAGAAGAUCACCGGACGGAGCCUGCAGGACUUCCUGAGGGGACAGAGAAUCCAGACCACUGGGUCAAACAUGAUCCGGGUUUUCAUCAGCUCCACGUUCACAGACAUGAGCAGCGAGAGGAAGGUGUUGCUGGAGAGAGCGUUCCCGCAAGUGCAGGCCUUCUGUCGCUCCCUGGGGUUGCUGUUUGAGGCUGUGGAUCUGCGAUGGGGUCUCAGAAGCAUCACACCUGGGGACCAUGAGGCCUGUGAGGUCUUCAUAGAGGAAAUUGAGAGGUGCAGGAGGCUCUCUGCCGGACCUUCUUUUGUUGCACUGCUGGGGAACAGGUACGGACACCGGGCGCUUCCUCUUGUGAUCCCAGAGAAGCUACUGGAGGUCCUCCUGGCCACGCUUUCCAAAAGCCCCGACGGGGUCAAGCACCUGACUCAGUGGUUCUGGAAGGAUGAGAAUGCCAUUCCGCCCGUCUACGUCCUGCAGCCCAUCUCGACUCAUUUCAGCCACUACAGCGACCUCCGACCUGAGAGCGCGAUGCACCGCGAGCAGGACGUGACAUUGUGGCGUCUGGCCGAAACUCAGCUGCUGAAACUCCUACGAUCGGCCGCCUCGGACGCCGAAGCGGCAGGUGACAUCACCGUCGAGCAGAAACAAGUGUUCUUCACAUCCGUUUUAGAGCGUGAGUUUGAUCUGGGCUUAUCAAAUAAAGAUGGGAAACCUCCCGCUCUCCUAUUUGUCCGAGAGAUCCCAAAACAGAGAGUCCGAGAUGGCCCCAAACGACUUGCCAAGUUCAUGGACGUGACCCUCGAUGGACUGUUGGAUAUGGAAGCGCAAGGUCUUCUCGCCAACCUCAAGUCUCGCCUCUACACUGACUCUAAAAACAUCCUCAACCUGCAUUGUGUGGAGCUCAACAAAGGCAGCAUCGACCCGAAACGGAAGGAGCAUGUCCAGUACCUGGACAGCUUCUGUGAGGAUUUUGUGUCUCAGAUGAAGUCCAGGAUUGAAGCAGGGUUCGGCCGUGCUGAGGGACCCAGGUGGGGAAACAUGGAAGAGAACGGCGAAGGUGUGGCAGACAGGUUGGUGGAGGAAGUGGGAUGGCACAUGUCUCUGUGCUCGGAGCUGUGCAGGGGUCUUCAUGGAAGAGAGGGUCUUCUAGGGAAACUGUGUCUGGCGAUGUGGGAGUCCACCAACAGUCGUCACAGCCCUCUGGUUGUCCACGGAGGUGCUGGCAUGGGCAAGAGCGCACUGCUGUGUAAGCUAGCUCAGGAAAUGCAAACCGUGCUGGAGGCCAAGACAAUAGUGGUGAUCAGGCUCCUGUCAAUUGGUGACCCUCAAAGACCAGAUGUGGAUGUGCUCCUCCGCAGCAUCUGCUCUCAGAUCUGUCUUACCUGCGGUCUAGUGCCACCGUCCUGUCGAACAGCAAACACCCACCUGGAUCUUGUCGGUUUCUUCCACGAUACUCUGGAGCAGGUCUCUCAGCGAGGACAGUCCCUGCUCAUCAUCCUGGACUCCAUCGACCUGCUGUCUGAGCACCAUCACGGACACAAGCUGCACUGGAUGCCCAACAGUGUGCCCCCCAACAUCCACCUGGUGGUCUCCAUGGACACCAACAGCGAGGUGUUUGUGAACGUUCGGCUGAAGUUGAAGACGUUGGAUGGCUUUUUUGAAGUGGAGCGUCUGAGCCGAGAUGAAGGAAACCUCAUCACGGACUCAUAUUUGAGAGCGUACCGGCGAACUCUGACCUCGGAACAGAGAGAGGCGGUCCUUCAGCGCUUCGAUGCCACAGGCAGCCCCCUCCACCUCACACUCAUGCUCUUCGUUGCCAAGCGCUGGGCGUCAACCACCCCGAUCAAAGACCUCCACCUGGGAGCCAACGUUCAGGAGAUGGUUUCCCAGUUCUUUGUGAUGAUGGAGGAAAAACAUGGGCGAGAGCUGGUGGGCGGAGCUUUGGGCUACAUUGCAUUAUCAAGAGACGGCCUGCUGGAGGCGGAGCUGCGAGACAUCUUGUCCCUGGACAACGACAUCCUCAGUGAGGUGUACAAGUACUCUCUCCCUCCAACGCCGUCGCUGAUCAGAUUCCCGCCGCUGAUCCUCGCCUGUAUGCGAAAGGACCUGGACGACCUGUUGGAAGAGCGCUGGAGAUGCGGAGUGGCCGCUCUCACACUGAAGAGCAGACGUGUGCGUGAAGCGGUGUGCGCCAGGUACCUGACGUCCGAGCGGCGGGGGAAGAGCCUCAGUACUCUGGCAGAGUAUUUCCAGGGUCGAUGGUCUGGGAAACUGAAGCCUGUGUCUCUACCUGGACUGUCCCUGCUCCUGUCUGACAGAAAGGUUCCCCCACAGCCCUUGUGGUUUGCUCCCGGUUUGGUCAACGUCAGGAAGCUCCAGGAGCUGCCACAUCAUCUGCUGCACGCUGGUCUGUGGGAGGAGCUCCGACAAGAUGUCAUCAGCAGCGCCGAGUGGCUCUAUUGUAAGAGCAAGCUGUGCGGAGUGGCCAGCGUGAUCCACGACCUGGACCACAGCUCCCGCUACAUGGACUGUGCCGAGACCGGACUGAUUCGCGACACUCUGCUGCUGAUCAAACCAAGUCUGGACUACUUGGACGGUCACAUGGACAUGGUGUUUUUCUUCUCGGAGCUGCUGGCCAGACUCUCCUCCCUGGCCACUCCCUUCCCUUCAAUGAUUGGCCGGCUGUGCAGUCAGUGUGAGGAGUGGCUGCUAACAUGUUCAGAACCGAUCCUCAUCCCCAAGUGCAGUUUCCUACCGGCGGCGGGGGGGGCGCUGCAGCACACAAUGAAUGGACCGCACACAGGUGUGCUUUGUCUGGAUCUGAGCGUGGAAGCCAAACUCCUGGUUGUCGGGUCGGAAGAUGGGCUUAUUGCAGUCUGGAGCCUUGCCGACCGGUUCCUGAUCCAGGUCCUACGGGGUCACACAGCCGCCGUCCUGUGUCUGAAGCUCACCGAUGGCGCCACCAACUGCCUCUCACUGUCCGCCGACGGCUCUCUGAGGAGGUGGAGCUUAAAUGACGGUCAGCAACUGCUCUGUAUUCAGGAGGCGGUGUCCGUUGACCCUGUCCCAACUUGGGUUCACCUCCACCAUUUGGGCCAGCUGCUUUGUGUCCACACCAGGACCGAGGCAAAAAUCUUGCAGCUAGACAGUGGUCUUGUCCUCAACCACCUGGAGGGCUCGGAGGUUUUGGGAGUCCUGAACGACUCGGUGUUCGUCCUGUCCAACUAUGGUCGUGUCACAAUCACCAACCUCAACAACAAGACUUUGGACGUCCACCUGGAGAACUGCCAUGGAAGUGUGACGCCUGCUGCGAGCGUGACGCUUCCGAGACGAGGGAAGGUGUUCGUCGUUUCAAAGGAAGGAGUUCUGUACCAGAUCUCCAGCAGGGGGCGUCACACCACUUCCGAGUUUCCCCUGAUUCCGUCUCUACUUUCAGUGAGCCAAGAAGAAAAAAUCCUGCUGGCAGGCAGCGAUCAAACCCUCAGCCUCUUCAACAUCAACAGUGAUUCGGUGGACAAGUUCCUGAACCUGCAGCAUGACGACGUGGUCCUGUCAGCUCAAGUCACUGCUGACUGCAGACAGCUGGUGUCGGGCGCUGCAGAUCAACUCAUACGGAUCUGGUCCGUGACCACCGGAGCUCUGCUGGACUGUCUGUGUGGCUCCAACGUGCCCGUCACCAGUUUGUUUUUGUACGAUGGCUUCAUCCUCUCUGCCUCCUCCUCGGAUUCCUGCGUCCACAUGUGGGCUCUCAGGUACGACCCCCUCCACAGACCCACCCCGCACAUCCCCGCCGGUUGCGCUUUUGCCACCGUCACCAGAGACGCAGACCAGAUUUUCUACAUCCGAGAGUCGAGUCAGAGGGAAGUGGUGAGCUGGGACAACAGACUUGGGUCUGUGGUGGACUACCUGGCUCUGUCUGCGGAGGUCUGCUGCAUGGAGCUGGCUCAGCACAAGCGCUUGCUCAUGUGUGGCUUGACCACCGGAACUGUCCUCAUCUACCCACUAGACCUUCCCCAGGAGACUUUGUGCAUCCCACCCCCAGAGAACUUCUCCAGGGUCCUCUGCCUGGCAGUCAGUUCGCAGGAGAAGUACCUAGCUGUUGCCCAUGAGGACGCGGUCUGUCUUUUUGAGAUCACAACCCGAGACAAUUUCCCAACGGUGGACGGCCCGAUGGACCGAUUCUCUCUGCCUCUACUACUGAGCCCCCUCUCCUCCAUGGCUCUGCUCAAUGACCGUCGGCUACUGUAUGGAACGCAAGGCGGGGAGGUAAUGGUCUACGACUUCAGCUGUCGAAUCAGCUCCACUCUGGACCCCCACAGUAGCAGAGUGACCUGCGUGACAGUCAGUAACUGGGGCACUCACGCACUCGUUGGCUCAGAGGACGCCGUCCAGAGACUGUGGGCCCUGAACCCCCUGGUGCUGGACCACACCAUGGAGUACAAUGGUUUCUUCUUCGAGGGUGUCCUGUGCACGGCCUUCUCGGAGAGUGACCAGUUUGUCUUCACCGGGUCUCAGGACCGGACGGUGAAAGUCUGGUCCGUGUCCACAGGGAACCUCCUGCGGGUCCAGUACGUCUACUCCCCGGUGGUCCGGAUGGUCACCUACAGGAAUGGGUUUGUUGCGUUAUCUCAACAUGGUGCAGUCAUCAAAGAAGUGUUCCGCUGUCCAGACCCGCUCAGUCCCGAUUACAACCCUCUGAAGAAAGUCAAAGCCCGGUACCGGGUCAUCUCCCGUCAGAAAAACCCCAGUGAACUCAAGUCCUCCACAUCGGACGUGCAGGACUACAACCCGGCCCAGUUUGACCUCAACGUCAUCAGCAUGCUGAAGGUCCAACCCUCCUCCACCUGUGUUCUUCUGUGAACCUCCAACAUGCUCAGACUUUCCAGGACU